CGAAUGAGCGGCGCUGCUGCCAGCGGCGAUCCGAUGAUGGGGGCAGGGUCCGAGUCCAGCGCGCGCGCAGCGGGAUUCACGGCAGUUUGACUGCAGCAGUCCCUUCCAGGGGGAUGGACGUGCAGUAGCUUCACGUUUGUCGUCUCUUUCAGCAAAUGGAGUUGGUGUUAUACGUGCUUUAGAGAGGAGUAAAGCGACUACCAGUCAGAUUUUCUUGAACUUCAACAUUGGGAGAUUUAACAUUAAGCGUAAUUUGUUUGUGGAGCUUAUAGUGGAAAGCGAUCUUCACGCGGUCAAUGGUGUGCGUGUGAGCAAAGGCCGAUGCUGCAGUGGUGCUCUUGGGAUGUGUAAAGUCUUCAUCAGACCUGAAUGUGUGCGGCUUAGGAGCUGAACUCAGGGCAUCUGUGCAAGAUUAUAUGUCCUGGGCGUGUGUUCGCCAUGGCUCUAGUUCAGGCUCUGCCUGUGCCCACUGAUCACCCGAAACCCAGCGCUGACGUCCAGCAGUGCUACUCAGUGUCUCAUUCCCCCCCUGUGGCUGUGGCAGGCACCAUGGGUUCCGUCAGCAGCCUCAUUUCUGGACGCACCUACCAGGAGCGCCACUGCCGAGCCGUCAGCGACUAUGGUGCUAAGUAUCGUAAACCCACACCAGCCACCAGCUGUUUCCGACAGCAAGACGGAACGCUCCGCAGCGCCAGCUCACAGGAGCAGCUUCUCAACAACCAGCCUCUUUUACCCACUAAAACCAAGUCAUCUGCACUCAUCUCUGCUGGCAAUGGUAACUACGGCUAUCUGAAUGAUGAGUCGGUGGGCGAUUGGAAUGAUAAUCACGUGUCCGCAUGCAGUCCGUGCAGCGAUACCGAAGAGCCUCCUGACAACAGGGGCAUGAAUGGUAACAUUGGUGGUCCUCCUCCAAAGCUCGUUCCAGUUUCAGGCAGGCUGGAAAAGAGUAUGGAGAAGAUAUUGAUCCGUCCCACUGCCUUUAAGCCCGUGGUCCCCAAGAAUCGUAAUUCUGUGCAGUACUUGUCACCUCGUCCAGGGGGCAGUCUGUCUGAAAGCCAGGGCAGUCUCAACAUCUUACUUCCUAGUGCUGGAGCAGGUUUGCCUUGCGCCGAGAAGCGGAACUCUUACAGCGGGGGACGCAACGCACGGAGUAGCCAAUCCUGUACCAUGUCAGACUCGGGACGCAACUCCCUCUCCAGCCUGCCCACCUACAGCAGCACGGGGUACAGCCUGGCACAGAGCGAGGUACCCAAUGGGAAUAUGGAAACACCCGCUGGCGGUGGCCACGGACACUCUAAUUCCGACAGCGGCCGAUCGUCAUCAAGUAAGAGCACGGGGUCUUUAAGUGGCAGAGGCCAACCCUUGUCAGACAGCGGAUCGUGUGGGAGGUCCCCGGCUCCGGGGGAAGGAUAUGAAGGGGUCAUACGUGAACUAGAGGAGAAACUGAGGGAACGAGACUUGGAGCUACAGCAACUCAGGGACAACCUGGAUGAGAAUGAAGCAGCUAUCUGUCAGGUGUAUGAAGAGAAACAGAAGCGCUGUGAGCAGGAGAUGGAGGAUCUUCGGCAGAGUUGCGCAUCAAAGAUGAAGCAAGUGCAGUUAAAGGCCCAGCGGGCGCAGCAGGUUCUUCAGCUGCAGGUGUUCCAGCUGCAGCAAGAGAAGAAGAAACUGCAGGAGGACUUUUCCCAACUGUUGCAGGAAAGAGAGGCGCUGGAGAAGAAAUGUGCAUCUUUUGAGAGAGAGCAGACUCAACUGGGUCCCCGACUGGAAGAAACAAAGUGGGAGGUAUGUCAGAAGUCAGGUGAGAUCUCCUUAUUGAAGCAGCAGCUGAAGGAUGUUCAAGCAGACCUCAGUCAAAAGGCAAGUGAUAUUGUUGCUGUGAAGGCUCAGUUGAGAGAAGCCCGCUCCGAGCUGCAGGCCAGCCAUGCUCGCUCGCAAGAGGCCAGUGCCACAGCCCGCACCCGCACGUUAGAACUGGAAGUUUGUGAGAACGAGCUACAGCGCCGCAAGAGUGAAGCAGAGCUCUUGCGGGAGAAAAUGGGCCGUUUGGAAGAAGAGUCUCUCCGUCUCAAAGAGGCUCUGGCGAUGCCCACUACCCAGCCUUCUAAAGGUCAAUGCAUGAGUCUACCCCUGCCCCAAAGCCGUAUGGGAAUCGUCCACGGGCUCAGCCCUGCGUUCCGGGACAACGGCAGCGAGGAGCAACGUCUAGCGUAUGAAAGCGAUGAAGCGAAGGUGCAGCGCCAGAGCGUGGACGUGCUGCACGGUCUCUGUCAGCAGGUGGAGCGUCUGCGAGCUGAGCUGAUGUACGAGAGGAGACGGAGUGAGGACCAGCUGGAGGCCUUCGAGGACGAGCGCAGGGUGUGGCAGGAGGAGAAAGACAAAGUGAUCUGUUACCAGAAACAGCUGCAGCAGAACUACAUCCAGAUGUACCGGCGGAACCGUGACCUGGAGCGUGUGAUGAGGGAGCUCAGUCUGGAGCUGGAGAACAGGGAUAUGGAGGAGUUUGACAUGCGGAGCAACGAGAUCCACUUUGAGGAGAUCACUGCGACUGAAAUCUAGCAGACUCAUCCCGUUCUCUACCAGCGACGUCUCAGAUUUCACCUUAACCGUGGUUGUGUGAGGAACACCAGUCAUCACAGGCAUGCUUCUCAACACUUUUUCAUGAACACUUUAAUUCCAGUUGUUGUGGCGUUCCAUGUCCAGGCCCAGAUAGAAUCGGCAGACUGUUUUUGUAUUCUCUACAGUGAUUUUGGAGAAAAAUCUUUGUUUAAAGAAACAUAAAGCCCUGUUGCUGUUGCAUAUACAUUUUUCAACUGACUUAGUUUAACUCCUGCCCAUGUCUUGAAAAAAGAGUGCGAUGGAGUGCUUGUGAGCGCACCUUUUCACUUUGCUAAAACGACAAAUGAUUUUUUGGAGAGGAGGCAGCAUGACUGUGAGUCACAUCAAGUGCGCCAUUUGGGACAAGCCCUGUCAGCCGAGGCCAAUAAAGCAUGAAGCUGUGUUUUCUCAUCUUUAUGAUGUUCCUCACACCGCCUCAGAAACCUGUGAGCGGUUUCCAUUGAAUGUACAGUGACUGCAUACAGCAGUUUAUUAGCACCGUUGAAGGGAAGGAUGUCCUCAAUCUUUUAAUAUUAUGGUUAAUAUCUUAUGCACAAUGAGAAGCCCACAUCAGAAGCCCAAUAAGAUCAAAGUACAGGUGAGAGGAACCUCAUACAUCAGCUACAUGGUAAUAGAGGUUCAUGCACAAGAUGUGAUAUCAUGUAAUGGUCUGAACACAAUGCUUAACUCCCUUCGUACCAUUAUUAACCAAGAGACUGGGAGAUCUAUUGAGCAUCUCAUGUUAGGUCACUGAAACUGCAGUUUUGUUGCAUUGGUGUUUUUGUUGUUAUGCUAAUGUUUAGAGUUAUAACAUUGUGCCAUUUCUUCUCAGCCAUUUGCAGCACUAUGCAGUAAGAACUCUCUGUUUCAUCCCACAGACUCGCUGCUUACACUACAUUUGAUACUAAUCACUAAUGUAGAAGUGUUAUUUUUAUAAUUAGAUUGUAUAUUAGCGAACAUAACUAGCAGAUAUAGAGACAAAAUAUAUUUUUCUUUCCUAAGUAUCGCUGUGCACACUGUACAUACAGUAGUGAACUGCAUGUGUGCAUGAGACCGUAGCAUUAUGAUGCCAGACAAUCUGGUAUCAGGUUAUGACAUCACAUAGGUUAUACUUUCUCCAGCCAUAGUGGGUGGGGCAUUUCUGUUCAGUAAUAACAUAGUUUAUGAAUACAUACAGUAUACAGUAUAUGUCAUGUUAGAUUUGAAUACAGAAAUACUAAUCAAAUGUUUGUGAUCAUUUUGUUAAAAAAGGG